AUGCGCAAUGUCACGGGACGAACAACCGAUUUGCUGAUUCAAUCGCUUAUACCCAAUGUCGCCUCCAUCACUACACGGCUCACCACUCGCGUGUCGUCGUCGUCGUCGUCGUCUUCUCCAUUGUCUCGUAUUGCUCGAUGCAGCGGCUGUGGUUGUCCAAUACGCACGUCAACAGUAAACCGACCAUUUUGGAGCGACAUGUCUCGACGAUGGAUAACGACAAGCCAUAGCAACAACCACAGUGUUGUAGCAGCAGCCAAAUUGGAUCCGAUUCAGUACUUGAAUGUGUCAAUAAGCGAGCUAUUACUCAAGGGACGAGCUGCCGAUGCGUUAUACAGGUACAUGCGACUUGUUCAGUAUCACAAGAGGAUGCCGCCACACGAGACUUUGUAUCAACUAUGCCAUGGAUUGUAUCGAUCACACAAUUUGAGGGGACUAUACGCCGUUCAUGAUACCCUUUUGCUUUACUAUAAGGAACGACCCAUGUCCCGACGACGACGACGCAUCAUGCUCUAUCUCAAUACAAUGAUCAUCAACCUCGUCUCCAAAUCAUCAUCACGUCAACUAUCACAUCGCCAUCAAAUCGCUGAACCUCCAACGCGUAUCAUUGAACAGCUAUGUCGUGAAAUGACGGAUCUCAAGCUGACACCAACAAAACAUGUGGCCGUAUUCAAUUCAAUUCUCAAUAUGCUUGUACAACAUGGUCAAGUGGAUAAUGCGUGGAUAUUAUUCGAUCACAUGCGACAAGAUGAUAUCAAUCCAAGUGCACGUACCUAUUCCAUCAUGCUCAAGACAGUUGCACAAACCAAGGAUUUACAUGCAGCAGAUCAAUUGUUGGAGGAUAUGCAUCAACGUGGGAUUGCUACGGAUCAAGCAAUUGUGGGUGGGCUGGUCACUGCCCUAUGUCGUCGUAAUGCAUUUACAACCGCUCAACGUCUUGUCGAUCAAAUGUACUAUUACAGCAAUGGUGAUCCUAGGCUUAUGAGCACCGAGACACGAGCACGACUCUUGGCAUACAUCUCAAAAUGGGAGAAACAAAGGCACAAGAAACGUUUGCGAUUGAAAGCUUGGUCCAAGAAUGCAAAGCGAAGAAAGCAGCAGCAUCAGGAUAGCACAAACACACAUCUCGAGGAGGAAAUAAAGGUGUAA